UAGUAUUUUUCGGUCUUCUAGGAUUUAAUGUUUAUUUGAAUUAUAAAAAAACCAGCAUUAAGGAGCAGGCGGAAAAAGAACGCCAAGAGGCUAAAAAGCAAUUAGAAGAAGACGAAAGAUUAAAACGAGAAAUAGCUGAAAUGACUAAACAAAAAUUAACUGGCUGA